AUGCCCUUUCAACUCAGUCGUAGUGCAUGGUCCAACUUGGCCCAGGACGCAGCUUUGGACGGCUUUGCCCUCGGCGACUUCGCGGCCAGCUGUCUGAAGCGGCGCGAGGCCGGUGGCUAUGCCAAUGCCUGGGGCAUUAAGCUGCAAGAAGUACUCACUCCUCGACCGGACCAAGUUGGAAUCCUGCGCCGUGGUGUCAAUCAAGCUGGAUGCAGCACUCCGGAGCUGGCCUGGCCUCUGCCAGGAAGCACAUACACUGGCAUGCAAGCUGCGCCGUUGUUCUGCCGAGCGUCUCGGUGA